GAAAUAGUUGUGGAGAGCUUAACGCGCUGUCCGCCUGCCGCGCGCCGCACGGUCCGAGUGCACCGAGUGGGAGGCGGCAACCUGCCCCGACAAUCACACACACUCCCUCCGAGCCGUUAGCCGUUUGUUCUGUGCGGAGGAAGACAUCAAGGAGUAAAAAAAAAAUAAUAACAGUAAAGAAAUAAAUAAAACAUGGAAAAUGAGAAGAAGAUGAAGCUGAAGGAGAGAUUUGGCCUGAGGCGGGACAUUUUUAAAGAGUUUCUGGCGGAAUUUCUGGGGAUAUUCGUCUUGAUAGUGAGUACCUCCCUCCGCACCUGUCACCUAGCUUAAACAGCCUCUUUAAAGCUUUGAAGCGGUAUGCUAAUAAGGUGUCAGUCUGGGUCUCUGAGGACUCGGUCUGACUGCUGUCUCUCGCAUGUCUCUAUUAGCAGAUAGUAUAUUCUGGGAAUAACAGACUCAGCCUUUGAAGUGCUCAGCUGUAAUUUGCUCCUGACAAUCAUGACAAGAUGUGGCUAAUGUGAGGAGGAUUUUCUCCCUUACGUCUGCUUCAGAAGUACAAAAAAGGACUAUCAUCACAACAACGAGUCAUUUUAUCUGAAACUGUUGUGUUAAAAAAUAAACAGUACACUAUUUAAAGCACAUGAUCACUUUGCAUGCUUUCUAUUUCAGUAAAAUGUGUACUUUAAGUUUUUAUGAGUUUUUAGUCUUUACUGGGAUCCACCUGUCUCCAACUCUUCGAGUCCACUUCCCAGUAACUUCCCCGGCAGCCCUCUUUGUUUUUGGAUGAUUGCUCUUCUCCAACACUUUUUUUAGAGGUCUGAAUUACUUAUGCCUUUUAACUAAUAAGUGGGGUAUUCAUUAUUUUCCGAGCCCUGUCUUGGACAAAUUGUCUGUGGCAGUCGCAGGCUCUUGGUGGACAAGAGGGUUGUGUUAAUGGCGGGUAUAAUUGGAAUAAUUAAAAACAAUGAGUCUUUCUACCUCCACCCUUUGUGUUUUUGUUCUUGUCUGUGUCCCAGCUCUUUGGAUGUGGUUCAGUGGCCCAGACAGUGCUGAGUAAAGGAGGUCUUGGGGAGCCUUUGACCAUCCAUAUAGGAUUCACUCUGGGAGUCAUGAUGGCUGUCUACAUGGCAGGAGGAGUGUCAGGUAUGAAGUAGCCCAGUCCUAUGUCAGUGCAUACACAGCUCACUACAACACCCAUGCUAUUUCUCAGUCCUUGGAGGCAAACAUUGUUCUCCUGGUUUGAAUUUCAAUCAUUUAAAAAUGCAUAGUAAACAAAAGGUCAGAAAAUUAAGUCAUUAAUCACUUUUGCUAAAGCCCAUAAUGAAUUUUUUAUGGUACUGUUUGUCCAACUAUCUGAAACCAUAAACUGUUCCUUUAACAUUGCGGUAAAACACACAUUUUUCACUGUUUGUCAUGAAAAAAAAAAAAAAAUCAAUCAUGUUGGCAUCACUUAGAUGCUCUAUAUGACAUUGUUCUGUCUGUGGUUCGAUGUAAAUACAAAGCUUAUGCCAUGCAGCAAAAUGCUACAGGAGGAGUGAUGCAAUCUAUGGUAAAGAUAUCCACCACAAGAACUCUCUCCUUCAGGUCACUCUGAGUCACUGUUCUCUGAAUGUUCUAGGUAUUUACUCAAAAAACUUCGGAUGAAUAAUACAAUUUAAUCAUAUGACUGAUCCAGAUAAAGCUGUAAAUUCAAGGUUUAGAAAUGUUGAGUAAUUGGGACUUAUCAGUGUGUCUGAGUUGGCAGCAGUAGGAGGAUCCAGUUAUGAAAUGUCACAGUGCUUUCCACUGCUUGUUGAAAGGAAAUGAUAUGUGUCCACUGUUCAGCAAUCAAGGGAUGAACAAUGUCAAAGUUUAUGCUGUGCAAGGUUCAUGACUAGUUUUGGGAUCAUUGCCAUUACAAUUUUGGAUAAAGGACAGUUCGCUUAUUUAAUCACAGAGACUGAAACAAGGAAUCAAAACUUGGUGCAUGAUUGUGCCUUCCAGCACCUCUGAAAAAUACCAAUUUAUAAAUUUUUCUAAAAAUUUGUAGAGGUAUAAGAGCAACAAUUUGCUGUUUGAUAAGGUUCAUUUUGACAGGCUUUCUUAUUACUAAUCAAAAGUUUGCAGAUAACCAUCUGAGACUGAAGUUGCACAGAACCAGGUUAGCUGUUUCUGCCUGUGCUAGGCUAGCCAGCUCAGUCUUGUAUCCUCACAGAGUUAUGAGACUGACAACAACAUUGUCUCUUAAGAAUUGGUGUUGUAUCUCAAAAAGUUAAAAUUGUUUCUUUCCUGUGCAGACUUUGUAUUUUUCACUUGCCAAUCUUAACAUAAAACGUAUGCAUAUUCCAUCAGUGAUUUGGCGAACUUGUUUGUGUGCCUAUGUGAACUUGAAAUUAGACAGUUACAAAAAAGAGAGUUACAGGAGAUAGGUGAGACUUUUCUCUCUUUGUUUACUGUUAGCUGUUGUUACCGUGUUUGCUCGCUCACGUUCCAUGUUUAAUGAGAAGAGUUAUAAAGCUUCAGAGGAGUAGCAGAAAAGCCCGAGGACAGCGGGGUUAAUAUAUGGAGAGCUUUUGCUGCAUGACUGGGCCAUUCAGCCGCGGGGUCCACAGCUCAGUGGGAAGCUUCUGUCCGACGACAUCUCUGAAGAUGAUCAUAGGUAUUGGACUAAUGAGCUUUACUGGGGCAGGGGUCUCUGGAGAGGAAGGGGGUCAGGUGUGACAAGCCUGGCUUUCUAGGCUUCCCUGGCAGGGAGGCCCCAUAAGAGAAGAAAACACAAUUGUUUUCACUUUGUAGUCCCAGAUUUUAGAUGACAGUGUACCGAAAGUGUGACACAUCAUGGUCACUCUAAUGACCUGCAGUCUACGUGUGCCUUAAGCAGAUUCAGGCAGAUUAUGUCAGAUACAAUUCAGACAGGCAGGUCUGGCUGGUUGUCGUGGUCAGUGUUUGUGAACAGUACGGGGAGAUUAACAAUGGGCGCAUGGCUGAUACCCCCAGUGGUGUUACCACAGUGAGGUCAAAGCCAAGAUCCCAGAGUGUUAAAUAAAUGACCCCACACUGCCAUCCCAGCCCACUAACAUUUGGCUGGAAUGUGUUCAAACAAGCUUCUUAAGGACAAUGUAGAAUAUGGGAAAACAGACUUUGAGGGUAACAACAGACCCUCUUGUCUUCUCUUUGUUUGAAAAUAUCCUGAAAGUCUUCAAUGAGUGAGCAGCAGAGGGUUUGAACAGAAGCACUAACUGAUCAGACAGCCUGUCAAGGACUGUUUUAAUCCACUGAACUCAGUUUACCUCAUGUGGUAAGACGAGAACAAGAUACACACCAAACUGUAAGCAGCUCAGUUGCAUUGUGGGUAACAUAAAUGCCAAGUUGUUUUUUUUGUUUUUUUUUUCAUUGUGACUUUGCUUAUAGAGUCAUGAGUCAAAAGUCUCACACACCAGUUUGAGCUUGGUGCUGUAAGAGAUCUUGGGACAGGUUAUUUGUAUAACUAAUGAUAAUAAAUGAAAAAUGUCCUACAUCCAAGGCACUUUUUCAGUUCUUUCUGUUGCUAUCUACAGCUUACAUGUAUUCUGCUUGGUUAUUUUUUGUUGCAUUUUUCCAGGAGCUCAUGUGAACCCUGCAGUGUCUCUGGCCAUGGUGAUUCUGGGGAAGUUGCCACUCAAAAAGUUCCCGGUCUAUGUGGUGGCACAGUUCUUGGGGGCUUUUGCUGGAUCCUGUGCUGUCUAUGGGUUGUAUUAUGGUGGGUCUCAGUGUGUGUAUGUCUGAAGAGGUUAUUUGUAUUACAUUCUGUCAUGAAAGCUAGUUUUCUGAUUAUACUAUACUGUUCACCUUGUGAGUCAUGGCUGCUAAAAUAAAAUGUAAAUCUAAUAAUACACUUGUAAGUAACAGAGGUAAUGACAUAUGGUGAUAUUGACCCAUUUAUCUUUCCACAGAUGCUCUCAUGGAGUAUACCAAUGGACAAUUCAUAGUUACUGGUGCAAAUGCCACAGCCAACAUAUUUGCAUCUUAUCCUGCAAAACACCUGUCAGUCCUUAAUGGGUUUGUCGAUCAGGUGAGACUCGAAACAAACUCACGAUUUAAACUAAUUUGAUUAUUUUGUUGAAAAUCUAUCAUAAUCAAGUUUCAUGUAAAAACUCUGCAAUAGAUAAUCAAACUUUGUACCAUCUGUGUUUUCCUUGUUGUGAUACGUAGGAAAAACAUGUCACUUAAUCCUGUGUUAGUUGCUAGCUUUAGGGGGCUUUUUCCUCUUUGUGCUCUUUCUGCUUAUGCAUUUAUUGAUGUAAGUGAGAUAGCAAAGCUUUUCCAAAGGGAUUCUGUGGGUAUGGAAGCCACUCGAGCAUAAAGCUCUGUAUGUGAAUGUGCAUUCAGUGCAGUCAUGGGCAUGAAUCGCAGUAUAAAUGGACAUGCGAGUUAUUUCAUGGUGUAUGAACAAUUCUGCUUCAGUGUGGAGAAAAACUUCCAUCUGGUCAAGAUGAGUAAAAUUCUAGAUGCAGAUGUUAAUUUCUGUAUUUUCAAAGGCCAAUAAGGUAUUAAUGUUUCUAUUUUUUCUUACUCAGCACAUUUCCCUUUUUGAUCCCUUGGUUAUAACCAACGAUCACUGGUACAUCUGAUGAAAAAGACUGCAAAACAAUUAGAGCAUCAAUAACAAUUUCAAUUUAUAUAGACAGAUAUACUGUAUGUAGACCCGACAAUUUCGCAAAGGUUCUCUUGGUGUCUGUAAUAUCUGGUGACUGGUAUUUGGACCACAGACUGUAUGUUUGAAGCAAAUCAAAUAAGAAUAAAUGGACUCUCCCAAGUAUUUCACAUACUAGCUGUUUGUGGUUUUGUAAUACAAAGCCAUAUGGGGCUUUAUAGUAAAGCUUCCCCACUGAGACUAGAACCAGGGGAAAGGGGAAGCCCCUUAAUAAGCUUAGACAAAAUAACAGGGCAGAGGUCAUCCUGUCAACAACAACAAACAAAUGAAAAUAUUUAAUUGGAUAGUAAUGAUGAUGUGCUAAUUACCUGCUUCUUUUGUUGUUAAGGUAAUUGCAACUGGUGCCUUGAUCCUGUGUAUCCUCGCCAUCACUGACAAGAAGAAUAUUGGGGCUCCUAAAGGAGUGGAGCCUUUGUGUAUCGGCCUGAUCAUCAUGGCUAUUGGAGUAUCCAUGGGUCUGAACUGCGGUUACCCCAUCAACCCGGCACGAGACCUCGGCCCACGGCUCUUUACAGCUGUGGCUGGGUGGGGCAUGGAAGUAUUCAGGUAACUAUGUGCAGAGAAAAAGUGUUUGGAAAAUGGGAGGAUGAAAACUUAUGGCUGUUUGAAACUGUUAUAGUCACAUAAGCCUCUUGCCUGAGAGAACCAGGAGACCAUUAUUUGCUGUUGUUCUAAAUCUCAACUCUGCCUUGGAUGUAGUAGAUGUGUGAUGUAACAGACUUUAACCAAGUGCCUGGAUCAUCCUAUCACACAUAGAGAAGCAUUUAAAGAUACAUCACUGUCCUUUUCGUGGCCUGAAUGAAUAUUUCAAAGGCUGUGCAAGUAUUUCCUGCAUUUCAAACAAGGGCUGUUGGUUUUUGUAUGAAGUGUGCAGGGAGAGUUUCCAUGCACAUGAAUAUGAAAUAUUCAACGCCUCAUUAUUGAACUGGCACAAUUGUACAUUUCUCAGUCUCUCUUUCUUCCUUGUCAUCACAGCUUUUUCUGGUCUAAAUGUUCACUUUUGUUUUGAUCAUUUGAACUUAACUGUAUAGUAUAAGAUGUAAAGUUGAUCAAAUUUGGAUGUAAAGAACAUAAACACCUUGGAUUUUAUCUCUUAAGGCCAGCACAGCUUUGACAAAUCACCAUUUUUUUUGGGGUUGUAAAAAAUGCUGGCAAAAACAGCUGAUUAAGGUAUCGUUCAAUUGUCAUUAUAUUUCAUUUAAAAAACUGAUUAAAAAGUGCUCACUCUCUCAACAGCCUCUUUUAAAAUCUACUGAGUGCAGCUGUUCAUUACUCAACUAUAUCCACCAGCUGUUUGCAGACUGUGUCUGCGUGCUGUUUAGGGUUAAGUACACUGUGUACAGUGCCUUUUAGAGAUUUUUCUGAAAAUAGCUGCUGACUGCUAAUUAAAAUGACCUUAUUUGAGUUUCAUAACAGUUCAGUUUGAGGGAGAACAGUUGAAAAAUUAGCUUAAAACUCAAUAUUGUGGUCCAUGAGUGACUCCAGAUAAAAGGGCAACAGAAGAUGGAGGAGACAGUUGUAGUAAAUUGUUGGAAGCUAUUUGGUGUUUGAUGUUUCAGAUCACUUGAUAACCCAUAUUUUUAACCCAUAUAUUUUUUUUAAAAUGAGGAAAAAAAAACCUUUAUCCUUCACAUACUUCAUUUGUAGUCUAAACUAACCGAACCGGCAAUUUUUGUUAUGAGUCCUCUUAUUUCCAAACAAGUAAAAUUUGGAAUGUCAGAUUUCAUUACAAGACAAUUACAUAUUAGCACUUACUUCAACCACUUAAAAGUCCAAAUGCAACUCAAAUUAAACGAUAUCAUCAUGCAGACAACCCCAAGGUCACCGGGUUUUACAUUUUAUAAAUUAUCUGCACGUUGCAGAGGACAAGGUGCACCCCUGCCUCACUUCCACUUUGGACUUGGUCAAGACUGCAAACAAAGCUGUCACAUGCAAAAGAACUAAACAUGUAUAGAAGUUGCAUAGCUCAUGACAGCAGACCGUGUUUACUGUACUCUUAUAGGAUAACAGAGUUAACAUUGUCAGUAUUUGCAAACACAUACAGUCCGGUUAACAACCUUCAACGACCUAUCGAUUGUCUGUGCGGGAUCGAAUAUUGUAAUAAUAAUAAUAUCUAUAAAAGUCGAGUCUUUCCCAGAGUUUUCGUUCCACUAUCUCAAUUAAAACUUGCUCUUGCAGUAGUGUGUAGUAGUAGUGUGAUCCUUUGAGAAGUUUAAACACAUUCCAAUGCUUACCAUCAUCAGACUUUGAGGAUGACAGUGUUGGAUGGUGCUGACUUAUUCAGUUAGUCAGGCCUUUUUUCUCCAAAAUCCUUGAUAUAUGGAACAGGCAGGUUGAACUGUUCCAAAAUCCAAAGCUGCAUUUCAGCCUGACUUCCUCCACUCACUGGAAUUUUUCCAUGGAGGUGCUUUUUUAACUCAUAAUUAAACUCUACCAGUGGUAAACUGUAGCUUCUAGUUAGUUUUAAGUGUAUCUGUUUGUUCUUAAUGAACAUCCUCUAAAGAAGUCAAUGUUGUGCUCUUAAGAGUCACCUUUUUUCUGCUGAGACAGUGAAUAGUUCAUGAAAAUGUCUGUAAGAUGCUUAAAAUACAUUCACUUUUUGCUCAGUCUAUCUCCUCACAGCUCUAUGUUUGUGUUUUUGCAGACAUGCAGCCACAGACAUUAACUUUUACUGGUCACUCUCAGACAACCAACUCUCCACUUCUUUCAUAUACUACAUUUCCUUUGAACAAUUUUCUUAUUAGAGACUGGGUUCUUGUUAUCACCUAAAUUACUUCUUAACAUUGCAAACUCAGUAUCCUCGGCAGCAGUCCUGUCUUGGUGUGACAGCUGACAGAUUUACAGUGUUAGUGUCUUCUCACUCUGCACUUUAUCCAUCACUGACCCUGCCGUGGCCUUUUCUUCUUGACCCUGCCCUUCAAAGUGUCUGUUCAUCCUGAGGUGGUGUUAUUAGUGUCGGGUAUGUGGUUAAUCAAACUAGGAACAAUACCCUGCUCAGACAAUAAUAAUGUCUCAGUGAAUCAGAAAAAGCAUCAAACCAGAAUCACAGGGCUGUUUAACAUUGAUAGAAUUGAUUUUCUUGAAAAUAGCACAAUACUUAGAGGUUAAAAGAAGAUAUGUUGCAAUACCACAGCUUUAGCAAAGAGCAGAUGGCUCCUUUGACUUAACAAGUAUAUUGCUUUAAUGCACAUGUAAGCCCUGCGUCCUAUUGGGUUUGUAGCAUGCAUUUGCUACAGGCCUAAUCUGACAUAAUCUUUUACAUUUCUGAUUUAAAAGAUGUAAACACCGCAGCUGCAAAUGCAGUGUAACUUAAAUCAAAAUAAACUCCAGCAAGGCAGAGGAUUUCUGUCAGUCACUACCCUUUUCAGCAUCAACUGUGAAGGGCAGGACUUCAUUCUAUUCAAUAUCCACAAGGCUUCAAUUUGACCAACUCGUUGGAUCAUCUUUGCCAUGGCAAUAGAUUAAUCUCUGUAAUCCAGCCAGUCCACUUCCUGUGUAGAGGAAGAAGGAUGACCUGCUUAAAUGCUUGUUUACUUUCAGUCUUGUGCAUCAGCUCUCUUAACUGCAGCCCUUUCACCUGUAGCAAAGACUCCUCGCAGGUGUAUUGACCAGUCGCUCUCUAAUCUCUGUCUGGCUCUGUCUGGGGUUGGCCAAAGUGAGAAUGAGGACAUGUAUUAGGUGUAGCAAACAGAGCUCCUUAAGAGUUUGUUGUAAUCUGGGAUAACUACUUAUAACCUGCCUCUGGUGGGAUGACACAAACAUACAGAUUGAAGAGGUAGUGUUCAUUAUGUCGUUUGAAAGAGAGGCAAAACAAUUCUAUGUGGUAGUUCUGUACAAUUAAAGCCUUGCAAAGAUAUAAAAAAGGAUGAAAUAGCACAGAUAUAUUAUCCUGACGUCUUCUGAACUGUACAGGUUAAGCUGCUGUGUACUUUCAUAAUGCUAUGAUUACAUCAGACAUAUGUCGAGUUAUAACAUUAGUGUAACCAUAAAUCAGAGUUUUCGAUUUGUAAAUAACUUUCAAGUAAAGGUCCAAAGUUUAUUACAUGAUUGGGAAACCUUACAUUCAGUUGUAUAUCCCAUAGUAUUAUAGUGUAUUUUAUCAUAUCAUGUAUCAAACAGUUUAACUGUUUCAUUUUAUACACUACAGCACUGUGUCAUGUUGUAUGACCGUGCAUAACACUACAAGUUGUUAUAUCAUAUCUUAUCCUACAGCAUUAUGGUAUUGUGUACAAUUUGGUACAGCACUAUAUUGGAUUGUGUUAGGGCUUGUUUUAUAGUAUUGCAUCAUAUCACAUUCCCUUGUUGGUAUCGUAUCAUAUUGUGUUGUAUUAUAUCAUUUCUAGUAUCGAAUCGUAUCAUACCCUAUGUGUUGUAUCGUGUCAUAUCGUAUCGUGUAUCAUUUACCAUCUACUCCUAUCUAUUUUUGUAGCUUUGUAUUGUGUUGUAUUGAAUUUAAUUGUAUAGUAUCAGAUAACAUGGUACAGUACCAAGUGAUAUGGUAUCUAAUCGUUGUGUUUUUAUCUCUGUUAUCCCAAUAUAUUGAAGAAUUGGCAUUAUUACGUCUAAUAUUACAUUAAGUUGGAUUUUAUUUAUACUUUUUACACAUCUUGUUUAAGUGUAUCAAAUUACAUGCUGCAUUAUUUCAUACAUUAUGGCAUUUGAACAUAAAUGUCUUGAUUUGUUUGGUAAAGCAGAAGGCAACAAGUUGCUCUUUAGUCUCUGGCCCCUUGUUAUAGCUUAUGUAUUUUAAUCCAUAAUAUUUUAACAUCUUGAAUUAAAAUUUAAGUAAUCUCCUUUUGCCAAGAAUAUGUUUGGAGUGUGUUGUAUUUUAUAAAAAAAACAAACAAAAGAAACAAAGCUUUUAUGAGCCGACAGUUUUUUCAUAACUUUUACAGUACUUACCUUGAGGGGCUUUAAAGUAGGCUGUCAUUUAGCCGCAGAAAAUCUUAUCACAUGGUGUCAUUUUUAACAGGAUCAGAAAUGUUAGACUAUGUCAUAGAACACUGUUAUCUUCAUAUGUCAUUUCUUGUAUGACAUUAUUUUGCUUUGUAUUUCAUUGCAUGAUAUGGUACAGUAAUGAAGGACAUGAUGUAUUACUGUACUGUGUUGCUCACAAAUGGAAAUGCUUGUUAGCCAGCAGCCUGAUUCUUCAGUGGUUGUGUUAAUUUAAUUCAUGCAGGAUGUUGUGUAGAUAAACGUAAAUACAUACGUAAGAAGCUUUUUAUAAUAAGCAUGUAUUUGUCCUCAUCACUGCAGUGCUGGUGGUUGUUGGUGGUGGAUCCCUGUGGCAGGGCCCAUGGUGGGCGGAGCUGUUGGAGCAGGCGUCUACUUUCUGUUCAUAGAGUUACACCAUGCUGAGCCUGAUAAACAAGAGGAGAACAAUGUCCAGGAUAAAUAUGAGAUGGUAACUGUAAGUUAAACUAUAAGUUUACUUUAAAAGGAUAGUGUUUUAGUGUUAGUCCAUAUCAUAACUUUGUUUAGAGACUUUUCAUUUAAAGUUAUGCAGUAACACUUACCGUUUUAAAUCAACUGAAAUUUUGCCAAGUUUCUCUACAGCAUUUUUAUUUUCACAUUUUUUUCUCUCUGUGUUUUGAAAUUGAUGUAUAUGUUGAGCGAUUUCAUUUUAUUCACUUCACCUUUCGCAUGUGUGUAAAAAAACUGAUAUGUGAUUGCUUUAACUUACUGUGUUGUAGCUUUAUUACACAUUUAGCAAAUCCAGCCUUAAAAUGAUUAGACUUGUUUUGCUGACUUGUUCACCAUCUUGCUAACAAUUUCCAUAAGUUGACGACUAACACUGUUGUUGUUCUGGUAGCUAAAUUUAUAAAUUUAAGAUUUUUUGCCAGCAAAAAAUGUUUCACUGAAUACUGGAAAAAUGUGAUGCAUUUUAAACCUCAUCUUUUUUUUCUUUUACUGUGCUGCUGAGGUUUAUAAUGCUUGCAUCCAUAAGCACGGACCUCUAAAUCCACAUGCUGAUUUUGAACAAACAAUUCUAUGAACCUUCGUUAAGAGAUUGAAUUGCAUUGCAUGCAGUGUCUUUAUAAGACAGCACAGGGUUACACAAUACACAAGAAAAUGUGAAAUCCCUUGAAUUUAGAGGUUUUUCUUUUUUUUGUUUUUUUAUACUCUCAUAUAAAACAGGAAAAAAUUGUGCAAGUUGGUGACUCAUUAAAGAGUGACUUUGCUGCAGUGUCCGAGUAGAUAUGCUUCAGGUAUUUUGGUACGUCUCACCCUGUUCAACAUUUUGAUGUUUAUUUGCUUCUGUCAAUAACUAACCUGUUAAAAUGUUUGUCUGUGUUAUUUUGUUGAUAAUUAUUUACAGUUGCUUUUUCAAAGAUAGUUGAGUACCAUUCAUUCCUUGAGCACUAUUUGUCUGAAUAAGCUAUUUUUCAUUUACACUAUUCUAUGUACCUUAAUAUUAAGUACAGUUUGAUAGUAUGAUUUGUUUGUUGACACUUGUUAUGUAGAUUUUCUAGAAACUAUUCAAGGCCAGUGGUGUUAAAAAAGUUUUUCUGUGAUACACAAAUGUAACUUCAUGACACUGUCCAGAAGGUACCUAUUGGUUUUAUUGACUAAACAUCAAAGGUUAAAAAAAUAAACCAUAAAAACACUACCACAAA